CGUUGAACACCGACCAUCGCGGUCUCAUGGAUGUCGUUGUGCACCGGUGGGUCGGUGGACGGCAACUUGACGCACGCCGCGCACACAGAUCACCAGUCCACACACAGUGAUCACCUGGAUGGAUGGAUGUGUGUGUGUGUGUUUGUGGAUGCAGUUUUCAGCAGAAGGCCAAGGCCGAGACGGUGGUGAGUGGUGAGUGUGCUGCACUUGCCGGCCAAUCCCGUGGCCUUCCUCCGCUGCCACGCACUCAUCAACCAGGUACACACAAGACACACACACACACGUGUCUGUGUCUGUGUGUGUCCCCCACAGGCGCCCGCCCAGCCCCUCUGGGGCCGUGACACCUACACCGUGACACCUACACCGGUGCCGUCAGCAAGCGCACCAUCGCGCUGUCCGGCCACCGCGCGGGCGACACGUUCAUGGCCUUCGUCGAGAUCGAGUGGAACGUGCACAUGACGGCCACCGUCUACACGACCGAGAAGCGCCGGGCUGGCCAGCAGGACGACCCGGAGAGCGCGUUCCCCAUGACGGUGCAGCUCGUGCGCAACGCACUGGGGCAGCAGGACGCACACACGCUGCUGGGGCUGUGAGGUGGAUGGAUGGAUGUGGGGGACGGUGUACCAUUGCUGGUGAUGGUGUCGAUAGACUGGGGCGGGAACGGGACGGAUUCCUUGGAUGUCCUUCUCUGUGUGUGUGUGUGUGGAUGGAUGGAUGGGUGAUGGGAUGGACCAAUGUGAU